AUGAAUGUAUUUCUAACAAAAAAGAUGAUAUCAAAGUUAGGCACAGUUUCUUAUCCUGUCACAAAUAAAAUUUCUGAUGAUGGGAGCUUGAAUGACCAUUGGUACAAACUGUUUUCAGACAGGCAACUGCCACAACGGCUUUCAAAGGAGAUGAUAUGUAGAGUUUGUGGACGAAAUGGUUGUACACCACUUAGUGAACACAUUUCAGAUUAUGAUAAUAUUAUGGGAGCAAUAAGCAGCAUUGGCAAUGUAGCGAUUAGCACUGAUGAUUCUUUACCUAAAUACAUAUGUACUGAAUGUUUAGAAUCUCUGAAGGCAGCUAUCAAUUUUAGAAAGAACUGUGAGGUUGCAGACAGAAAAUUUAAGAAGAUAUUGAAUCCCAUGGGAGAUCCAUCUUUACACUCAUAUCCAUAUUCAAAACAUGACUUCCAAUUAAUACUUCACCAUUUUAAGAAGAAAAGAUUAAAACAUGAAGAGGCUCAGGAAUUGGAAAGAAAGAAAAAGGAGAGAUUACAACAAAAGCAACAGCCAAAGAAGAAGGAGAUAAAAUGUUCUUCUUGUGAUAUGGCAUUUACUUCAAGGGAUGGUUUAAUAGCCCACAGACAAGUGAAACAAUGUAUGCUCCGUGCAUGUGAUGUUUGUGGUCAGCUUGUCUAUAGUAUCGCGAAGCACAUGCGACAUUUUCAUAAAGAGGUUAUUUCACACAAGUGUCCAACUUGUGGUAAGGAGUUUCCUGUUAUUGCAAGACUGAAAAAUCAUAUGCUUGUCCAUACAAACACAUUUAAUUUCUUCUGUGAUCUGUGCCCUUACAAAUGCAAGUACAAGUACUAUCUAGUGAUGCAUAUGCGUACACACACGGGCGAGAAGCCAUACAAGUGUACAUCGUGUCCCGCCACAUUCGUUAACCCGUCAAAUUUGAACAAACAUAAACUAACACACCAGGAAAAACAGUUUAAGUGUAUUAUGUGCGACAAAGCAUUCCGAACAAAUGCAGGAUUGCGCGAACAUCACGACGCAACACAUAUGAACAUAAAACAUGCUUGCAAUUUCUGUGGAAGGGAUUUCUGCUAUAAGUCAGACCUCCGCAAACACGAAAUACGAACUCACAACAGAACGAAGAGAGAUUAUAUAGGUGGGGAGCCGUCCUACAAACAAGUAGAAAGAAUGCAAAAAGUAGACGUGGAAAUGGACAAAUGGCGACAGGAUAUGGUUCCUCAGCCAAUUGAAACAUAUAUAGAACAGAAGCAGGACUAUUUACCACAACAAAUAUAUUACACUGAUGUUAACGGGAUCCUGCAGCCAGGAAUACCUCAACAACAAACUGUUCAACUAACAUUACCGGAACUGGAUAUGAAAAAGGACGAAGUGAAAGUUUAUGGGGCACAGCAAUCUUUGGGAUAUUUUUAA